AUGCCCUGCGAGCGAUAUCUGGACCCUUCGACAUUAUCAAACAUUGUCAAAGCCCGUCAAGGAGGGAUGAAAGGGAAAGAGCUCGACUACCAGGUAGUUCAACGGGAAUUCGCACAUCAACAACGGCAGGACUUCGAAAAAGUCACCAAUUUGAAUCGUGCCACUUUGGAGAUUCUGAUUGAGAACUCGAACUCGAAACGAACGUUUUUCCUUCAAGCUUUGGUGAAAAAUGAUUACAAUCGAGAAUUGAUGAAUGUGCUCAAUCGGAGUCUCGCAGAAGGGUGGAUGAUGUUCUUCGAAAAAGCGCCGAGGCACGAUUUGUGUUUCGAGGAGAUGCAAGAUUUCGCCUACAAAGUCGUCCAUCGGUUGUCGAUUCAAUUCCCUCCGUCACUGAUGCAAUAUUUGGAUGAGAAUUUUCAAAGAUCUGUGCGUCAGCAUCAGAAUGUCUCGUUUCAACAUGUCCCACUUGGACAUCAAGGUCAAAACCCAGCUCAACAUCAACUUCAGAAAUGCUCUUAUGUU